AGUGACAGCUAGGAGGAGAGCUGCUUCCUGCUUCCCAGAAGGAGAGGUCCCUUUGCUGAGUCCCCUUCCCUUUGGAGCCUUUGGGGUUAGAGGAGAGGCCAGGCAGGACUUGGCCUGCCCAGUCGUUUUGCCAGAAGGAGGAAGAGAGCCCAAUGAAAUGUGGGGCAGGAGAAGCGUUGGGUUCCCAAUCAGAAUGGGCAAGGAUGCCCUGGAUAAGAAGGCUUUCAGCCCACACCUUCAGGGCCGACACUUCCGGCGCUUCCUCUUCCAGGAGGCCUUGGGGCCGCGAGAGGUGUGCAGCCGCCUCCACUCUCUCUGCCGCCUGUGGCUGAAGCCCGAGCGACACUCCAAGGCGGAGAUGCUGGACCUGGUGAUCCUGGAGCAGUUCCUGGCCGUCCUUCCUGCGGAGAUGGAGCGCUGGGUGAGGGGAUGUGGGCCAGAGACCAGUUCCCAGGCCGUGGCCUUGGCUGAAGGAUUCCUCCUGAGUCGGGACCAAGAGGAGAAAGAGAAGGAGACACAGACCUCGUUUAAAGAAGAAGCGGCCACAAUAGAGACGUCCCCUUCUGAAUCCCAUCAAAGGCUGCACCCAAAGAGGAUCAAGGUGGAAUGGGGCAGAGCAUCCCCCUUUGAGGAAGAUGGAAUAAAGGCAGAACCUCUGUGUACAAUGACGUCUCCCCAUCAGGAUGCUCCCAGGACACCUUCUGCUCACCUGGACCAGGUGACCUUCAGGGAGGUGGUGGUGGAUUUCUCCACAGAGGAGUGGGCCUUGUUGGGUCCAGACCAAAGGGACCUCUACAGCGAAGUCAUGGAAGAUAAUUUGAGGAUUUUUUCCGCUUUGGGGGCUGAUGGGGAAGAGAGUGAGAAGGGAGAAGUGAAAAGGGAGAGUGAAAACUCUCAACACGAACACAUGGAAGAGUGUGAAACAAAACAUGACAUAAAGAAGGAGAGGAGGAGCCCAUCCCCUGUUUUGCCAACGGACAAUAUGCGCGAAUCGUCCUUCCAAGAAGUAACACAGAAAGGGAACGAGAGGAGUGUCUGCGGGAUCGGCUUCGGUUCCAGAACGAGCCUCAGUCUUCACCAGAGGACUCACGCUGGCGAGAAACCUUUCCCGAGUGAGGGGUACAAAAACGCUACUUAUGAAGUAACUCACUCGAACGAGAAGCCCUUGAAGUGCUUGCAUUGUGGGAAGUGCUACAAGUGGGAGUCGUACUUGAGGAAGCACACGAAGACCCACACGGGGGAGAAGCCCUUCAAGUGCCCGAAAUGCGGGAAGGGGUUCUGCAAGAAGACUGUACUCAAGCGGCACUUGGACACCCACACGGGGGAGAAGCCCUACCGGUGCGUGGCUUGCGGGAAGAGGUUCAAGCAGAAGAGGGGCCUCCUUUGCCACCAGUUGACCCACACCGGGGAGGAUCUCUCGAUCUGUUUCCAGUGUUGAAAAAAGGCUCCGACAGGGGCGGCUCAACCAUUACGCAAAGUAAGCAUUUGCGGUAGAGUUGAUUUUGCCAAGGGCGCUCUUGGGGGAAAAUAGACCUUGACAUAUGCGAGUUGUAGUUACUGGGAUGUAUAGUUCUCCUACAAUCAAAGAGCAUUCUGAACUCCACCAAUGAUGGAAUUGAACCAAAUAUGGCACGCAGAAUUCCCACGACCAAACUUGGCACGGAUAUUCAAUAUGCCCAAAUGUGAACACUGGUGGAGUUUGGGGAAAAUAGACCUUGACAUUUGGGAAUUGUAGUUGCUGGGAUGUAUAGUUCUCCUACAAUCAAAGAGCAUUCUGAACUCCACCAAUGAUGGAAUUGAACCAAAUA